AUGGCUAUUUCCAACACAUACAAUAAUUCUCACAUUGGGACCAACAACGUCCAGUCCGUUGAUAACAGCAAACAUGUUGGCGCCGUCAAUAAUUUGUCGGACAUGUUCAACUCUCAGUGCCACAACAGCGGUUACACCCCCCCGAGCGCGCGCUUCGUCGGAGGUCAUGCUAAUUACAGCCCCCAGAACGGAAACUCCAAUUUCUUUGAAACCCACCGACAACAAGCAGCGAAUGGUAUGCCUUAUGGAUUCCCUUUCACCGGCAUGUAUGGGUCUUCUCCGGGUGGUACGCCCUUUGGUUCCCCACCCAAUGGUUCGUGGUCACCCCAGCCAGCCCCCCAACCAGCCCCCCAACCAUCUUACUCGAACCAAGGAUUCCAUGCACCCGAGCCGCAGCAGGCGUCGACGAUGCCCUCCACAGAGCCUGUCCCCCACACCCAGCCUGCCGCGGCACCCCCGCCAUUGGCACGGCGCAGUGUCUCUGAUCCUUCAGGCGACGAACAAAGUACUCCGUCCCAUGCUCAAGGAGAGAGUCAACCCUCCCCCUCUAAGAAGCCCCGUUUCUCUAUACACAACCCGUUCAGACGCUCCCGUACUUGA